UGUUUGCGCGUGUCAAAGUCGACGCUCUUCAUCUCCCUUUCUCCCCAAAUCUCUCCCUGCUUAUACUGAACAAUAAUGGCUGGUCGUCGUGGUGGACGCAAGAAUGUUAAGAAGGGUGUGCAGUUCACGUUGAUGGUUGUUGGUGCAUCCGGUCUUGGUCGUACCACAUUCGUCAACACUCUCUGCGAGGCGGAGGUCCUCGAGCCAAAGGAUGCAAGUGAUGCUGCUACAGCACAUAUUGAGGAGGGUAUCAAGAUCAAGCCGGUCAACGUUGAGCUGGAGGAGGAAGGUGUCAGGAUCGCUUUGACCAUCGUGGACACGCCCGGGUUUGGCGACAACAUCGACAACUCGGACUCUUUCCAGGAAAUCAUUGGGUAUCUCGAACGCCAGUACGAUGAUAUCCUCGCCGAGGAAUCGAGGAUCAAGCGUAACCCGCGCUUCCGGGACAACCGUGUGCAUGCCCUCAUCUAUUUCAUCCCUCCCACGGGUCAUGCUCUUCGGGAAAUGGAUAUCCUCCUCAUGAAACGCCUGUCCGUUCGUGUGAACGUCAUCCCCGUUAUCGGCAAAGCCGACUCGCUCACCGCCCCCGAGCUCAAGGCAUUCAGGAAGCGCGUCAUGGAAGAUAUUUCCCAGCACGAUAUCCAGAUCUACAACUUCCCGUACGAUGACGAGGAAGAUGAUGACGAGACGAUCGAGGACAACCGGUCGCUCCAGUCACUCCUGCCGUUUGCGAUUGUGGGCAGCACUGACGAGGUGGAAAUUGACGGCCAGGCAGUGAGGGCACGUGUCUACCCGUGGGGAGUUGUCGAGGUGGACAACCCGGCGCACUCGGACUUCGCGAGGCUACGGAGUGUGCUCCUCAACUCUCACUUGUCCGAUCUCAAAUCUCUUACGCACGAUUUGCUGUACGAGACGUACCGUACGGAGAAGCUUUCCAAGACAGUCAUGGAUGGUACCGGGGCGGACUCGUCCAUCCUGCCAGAAGAGCUGGCGACCCAGUCCGUGCGGCUCAAAGAGGAACAACUGCGGAGGGAGGAGGAAAAGCUGCGCGAAAUCGAGCUCAAGGUACAGCGCGAGAUCAACGAGAAGCGACAGGAGCUGUUGGCGAAGGAGGAAUCUCUCCGGAACCUCGAGAGCCGGCUUGCAGCCCAGGGCGCGCAUCAGGAUGCGUGAUGUUUUUCCUGCUUCCCUGCUUGGCCCAUAAAACAUGCUCUGUUGGUGAGGUUUUCGGACGUUCCACUUCUUUUGACCCCCCCAUCGAAUCGGAUACCCACGUUGUUAACACCUUACUGUCGUUUAUUUCCUGUUCUUUUGCCGAUACCUUGCGAACCAGCCCUGUUACUACCCUUGUCUGGGUUAUUAGCUAUCAAACAUGGCUAUGACUGGAGAGAAU